AUGUUUUUUUUAUCGAAUAAAUAUAAUGGUAAAGGAACUUGUAAGUAUAUUAGCUACUUGUUAUGUGAUGAAAUACGUAAAAAACAUGGUAUAUGUGAUGAAACCACAUUUAAUAUGUUCAAAGAUUUUGUAGACACAUACAAUAAUGAUACUACGAAUUCUGUAUGUAUGAAUCAAGUAGAACACUUAAAUGUUUAUGAAUUUAUAAAAAUGAAAGCCUUAUAUGAAUUGUAUGAUAUUUAUAUGUCUUUAUCGCCAAGAUAUGCUUUACAAAAUAAUAAUUAUUGCGUUUACAUGCUUAAAUUA